AUGCAAAACUGCUCUAGCCCAGAUGGCCCUGCCCUCCUGGAGGCUCUCAGGCCUGUCUUCGACCUCAGGGCCAUUCGACCUGUUGUGAACAUUUCAAUCCCUAGUAUUGUCAAUGUUGACUUUGUCGUGGUUGGCAUUCUGGGAGUGGAUGAAAAGGCUCAGCUCUUGACAACAUUUAUCAUGCAGAUGUUGUGGUGGAAAAAUGAAUUUAUUAGCUGGGACCAAAAACAGUGCAGUGCCCAGUGGAUUACAGUCCCAAGAAAAUUGCUUUGGAUCCCUGAUAUCGUCAUCAAUGAGUUUAUGGAGAAGAACACAGCUCAGUUUACACCUUACGUGGUUGUGUUUAACAACGGUAUGGUGAUGGACAUUCAGCCUGUCAGAGUGGUGAGCUCUUGUAGGCUCGACAUCUACACCUUCCCAUUUGACAUCCAGAACUGCACUUUAACCUUUAACUCCUAUAUGCAUCGGAUUUCUACUUUGCGGAUUGGCCGCUUAUAUUCAGAAGAGAACAUUUUCAAUUUUUCCAAGAGAAUGAUGGCUACGAUGGGAGAAUGGGAGCUGAUUGGAAUCAAAGCAUUACAACAGCUGCAAAAUUCUUCAAAUAAUGAAAUUUAUGAAGACCUUCGCUUCUUUGUAAGGGCCGUCUUCCGUUAA